AUGCGCUUGGAACUGAACAACUCGUUCAAUACCAUCAUGUCAAAAACAGGGUUAUUCACAAAGAGCUGGGUUGAUAAAUCAAAGUUUGUCCCUUUACGUUUAAAUGAAGAUGAACGACGCAUUUUGGGUUUACUAGAAGCAGCGUUAAAUGUUAUUGAGUAUACCGACCGUGUUGACAUUAUAUCCUAUACGUCAAGAACGAAAUUGAUGGUGACUUAUCUGUCUGAAAUGUGCAGUAUAUUAACUGGCUUGGUUGUUGCAAUGGACAUUAAACUAGGCCGGAGUCUGCUACAAGGGAAGGACCAUGCAACGAAUGCGGAUUUCUUCAAGUCCAUAUUUGAAAUAGGACGGCGUUAUAAAAUUAUGAAUCCUGAAAAAAUGCGUACUACCUAUGGUGCUAUGAUGUACAUGUGCCAAGAUUCCAUGAUACCUGAUGUCCGUAUGCAAAUGGGCUUUGAUUUUUACAUCCCGAUAAAAACUGUUUUUCGUGUUUUAGAGGAAAACGGUUUAUUAGAUAUUUUAUCCGAAAAACAACUUCUAGAUUCUUCUCUGAAGCAAAUAGAUCCCUAUGCUGGCGCUUCAUUAAGAUCUAAAAUAAGUGAGGAACGUAAAAAAAGCAGUGAUGUAUUAUUAAAAAAAUACGCAAAAGGUAACGAUGAAAAGAAAAGAGUGCUGGAAGACUGUUUAAUUUCAUUAGCAGACCAUGAAUCGUUUCUUAUGGCUAAUCGAGUACCUGUUGAGAAAAUGCGUUUUUAUUUACAUGAAUUCUUCUCGUCGCAAGAUCCAAAAAAAGGUGGAAACUUGAAGAUUGGGUUCAUGAAUGGCGCCCGUUUAACACACGAUCAUCGUACCCAAUUCUUUUAUGUUGAUCAAAGUCUGCAAUUUUGGUCUUGUAUGAUGGACCAAAUGUUUUUGUUAUGGCUUCAAAGUGAUGCAUCUUUAGUUGAUAAAGAUACGAGAUAUUUCAUUUCGGAUACAGGACAGGGUCUUAACCGUGUUCAACCAUGUCCUUUGCUACGUGGGACAGUUCACAAAAUAUUGUCCGGAGUACAAAACGAACAAGAAUUGUCUUGGAUUGGUAGUUCUGUAGUUCAUUUGGGCGACCGUGCAGUUCCUAAUGCUUUGAUGUUUAUCGACAAAUACCGUCAAGUACCUCAUAUUUUAACACCACUUGUAAAGGUUUUACAGCAGUUGGAAUAUUUGAGAGAUCCCUUCUUGGUACAGUACAUUGAAGAAGAAUACGGGAGUAUUGUGGGUUUACAAAAAACCUUACUAUUGGACUUUUUUAAGCAUGCAUUUGAUGGACGUGGGGCUGAUAAUUGGUAUGACGCUGGCAGCUGUAUUGACGGUCGAUUAACAAGCGCUUGGAAUUGGACAAACGAGAUUUCCAAGAAAAAAUAUUAUCGAAUUCUUCUCAUGUCUGGUUUCCUCAAUUUCGAAGGUAUCUAG